UGAGUGUAAACUGAAAAACUGCACAAAAUUCUGCUAUCCCUUCACCGAUUGAAGGUGUGUUGUAGUGAGACAUGGAAGCACAGCUCUCUUCUUUAGCGGCGUUUCCACCAAUCUUUGCUAAACCUUCCACAAUCCCACACUGCAACAUCUCCUUCCCCGCCAGAACAACUUCUCGAGACCUCACCUCUCCAAAUUCUACUUUUCCAUUUUUUACUUCGACAAUUAUAAGAGCACAAAUUGCUUCAACCACCUCUUCUUCAACGACCCAUUCUGGAAAAUUCAGCACUCGCCGCGAUAAUCAGCAUUGGAUGGUGGUGGUCGAAGCCCCGCCGCCUGAGCUCAUCGCUAGGUCCCAAAUUAUCGAUUACUAUGUCAGCAAAGUUAGAAGCGUUUUGGAGAGUGAGAAGGAUGCUCAGAGGUGUAUAUAUGAUGCUUCCUGUGAUACCCAUUUUGGCUUUUGCUGUGACAUUGAUGAACAAAGAGCUAAUGAGCUAGCAAGUGUGCCUGGAGUGUUAUCUGUUAAGCCAGACCCCGAUGUUGAUUCCACGCAGAAAGACUACAGCUAUCCGAGUAUUGAACUGAGUACUGAUUCAACGCCUUUGCUUGGAAGCACAUUGCUGUUUCCUGCUGGGACUACUAAGCAGUGGCUUGUUCGGAUGGAGAGACCAGCAAUCGGAGCCAUCAGAAAGGCGCAAGUGGUUGAUUAUUACGUUCAAGUCUUGAUGAGGGUUUUGAGGAAUGAGAGUGAUGCUCAGAUGUGUAUUUACCACAUUUCCUGGCAAUCCAGUUUCGGUUUCUGCUGUGAACUAGAUGAUGAGUGCGCUCGAGAGUUAGCUGAUAUAAUCAUCGGUGCAGAUGUGCCUGGUGUUCUAUCAAUCCAGCCAGACAAAAACUUUGGUUCAGAUGAUAAAGAUUAUGCAGGUAAGAAUACUGGAGCCUCUGAAAAUUCUUCAGCUUCGACACUGGCAAACAAUAUUCGUACAAAGAAGCUCUUCGUGACUGGUCUGUCCUUCUACACGUCUGAGAAAACAUUACGUGCAGCGUUUGAAGGUUUUGGUCAGCUCGUUCAAGUUAGAAUCAUAAUGGACAAGAUCUCCAAGAGGUCGAAAGGCUAUGCCUUUGUCGAAUACACUACGGAAGAGGCUGCGAGCACUGCACUCAGAGAAAUGAAUGGAAAGAUCAUCAACGGCUGGAUGAUAACAGUCGAUGUUGCCAAGACCAACCCACCAAAGUUCAGCAUGUCCCAAACAGGAGCCACUGCUGCAUCUUGAUGCAUUACGUUAUAUCUUCCCAGCUCGCGAAUUCAACCAAUUCGUUCGUGUUUCUGCUCAAGCAUGCACGCACACUGACCAGAAGGUACAACUGCCGUGAUUGUAUCAUCAUCCGUUGCCAUUUGUUCAUCCGACCAAUCCAUCAAGAGAUGAUGAAACACGAAGGCGACCACACAGCUCGUACGACAGAGCUUAGAGAACUGCUGAGGAUGCAAAUUUACAUGAAAACUGUACAAAGGUUGUAAACCACUGUUUGGAUUUGUGAAGCUAUGUUCAUGUAAUAAUAUCUGUUUUUUUCUGUUAUUAA